GUGCCCCAGGAGGCAGCCUGCCCCUUCCCAGAGCAGGGCCAGCUGUCCCCACCAUGGCCCAGCAUGGUGCCAGCGCAUGACAGGCAGAUGUGGCCAUUCCCAGGUGGGACGGUGAGUGCGAUAAGAGCGGGUGAUGGGGCUGAGGAGUCCCUGUGCCCACAGCUUGGGACAGUCCCCACGUGUCAGCAGCAGGCAGGGCCACUCCAAGGUCCCCAGCAGUCCAGACACUAUAAGAGGGGUGAGCAGCCCCAUUACGGCACCUUUGCUCAGCACAACCAUGCUGGGAGCCGUCUGUCUCGUCGUGCUGCUGGGCUACGCCUACGGAUGCGGUCAGCCGGCCGUGCCACCACAGCUGAGCUCCCGCGUGGUGGGCGGUGAAGAUGCUGUAGCCCACAGCUGGCCAUGGCAGAUCUCGCUGCAGUACAGCCGCUCUGGGUCCUGGUACCACACUUGUGGUGGAACCCUCAUUGCCCCCCAGUGGGUGCUGACAGCUGCCCACUGCAUCAGCUCUUCCCUGACCUACCGUGUGGUGCUGGGCAAGCAGGACCUGUCAGUGGAUGAUGAGCCUGGUUCUGUGGCCGUCGGUGUGGAGAAGACGAUUGUCCACGAGAAAUGGAACUCUAUCCUUGUCAUCAACGACAUUGCCCUGGUCAAGCUGGCAGAGGAGGUGCAGGAGACUGACACCAUCCGUGCUUCCUGCCUGCCAGCUGCUGACAAGGUCCUGCCCAACGACUACCCCUGCUAUGUCACCGGCUGGGGACGUGUCAGGACCAACGGGCCCCUGGCCGAUGCCCUGCAGCAGGCCCUGCUGCCCGUGGUGGAUUAUGAGACCUGCUCCAAGUGGGACUGGUGGGGCAGCCUCGUGCGCACAACCAUGGUGUGUGCUGGCGGUGACGGCGUCGUCUCUGGAUGCAACGGCGAUUCUGGAGGCCCCCUGAACUGCCAGCGCGACGAUGGGAUCUGGGAGGUCGAGGGCAUCGUCAGCUUCGGCUCCGGCCUGAAAUGCAACAUGAAAAAGAAGCCAACAGUCUUCACCCGGGUGUCUGCCUACAUCGACUGGAUCAACGAGGUGGGUGCCCCUUCCUCUGCCGCCAUGCAGGUUGGCCACACUGCCCCUGCCCCGCCAGUGGUCUCACCAUGAGCCUCCCCGUGUCUUUCUUUGGCAGAAAAUGAGCGAGAACUGAGGACACAGCAUGGAGCACAAGCACCGAGUGUGAUAAAGGCAAUAGUGCUAAGCUGGUCUCGUGUGGUUCUUUUGAGGGGACAUAGUGGAGCAGAACCGGGGGGUGUACCUUGUGGUGCUGGGCUUCUGCCUGUGUGCUGGGGAGAGCCCCCACAUUGGGCAGUGAGGCUGGGCAGGCUCCUGGGAACCUAAGGUGGGCAGAGAUCCCACAAGGUACUCCCAGCUAGGAGUAGAGCCAUGGCCCUAGCCAAACCAAAGGUUCAAGGCUUGGCUGGUGGUUUGAUGGGAGAGUGGCUGGAAUCCAGCCUGGUGGUCCUGGGAGGCUCUAGGGAACUUGGGGAGGGGUUAUAGGGCCCCUAGCUGGCCCAAGGAGGUUUUAGGUGUCUUGGCUGGCGCUGGGAUGUUUCAGGGAGUCUUACUGGUAACUGGGCUACUUGAUGGCAGAUGAUUUAUAAUGGGGUGUUGAGGUAAUUGGGUUGGUCCUGGGGGUCAUUCUGCAGCCCCACCACAUUCCCUCCACAAUCUGUGCUGCUGGAGUGCUCCCACUCUGUUUUCACCUCUGUCAGGGAUGCCCUGGGGAAGGAGCAGCCACUGCAAUCCAUGCCAUGGAAAGGAGAGGGACAAGGCUGAGCCAUCUCUACCCAAAAUCACCCCUACCGCACUCCCAACGCUUCCUUAGUGAGGGAAGUGGGGAAAUAAACAAGGGGAAGAGUGCAGGGUCACUUUUCCUGAACAG